AUGGUGUCAAUCGUCCUUUUUCUUUCCUUCUUGACCUUUUCUGGAGCGCAGAGAUGUUCCAUCCGACCAUAUGAAGCCAAAGGCGAACGCAAGGCUGGCAGUAACGGCUACGUCAUCGAGGUAUCUUUAUUUUCUGCAUAGAUUUUGACCAUUUUCGUUCUUUUUUUUCUUUUGAGUAUAUUCCUUAUCAACGGAAACUCUGAUUUAUUUAAACCUUUCAAUUUAUCUGCUUUGGAGUUGAAAUACACACGCCAACAUUCCAGUAGGCUUAAUUCUCUUAAAUCUCUGGUUUCCGAAGACAACAUCGGUGUUGUUCUUGUUCAGAAUUAUUCAUCUCUUUUCCUUUUUGCGUUCUAAUUCAGAAAAUUAAGCUUGGUUCAAAAAAUAAUCUACUUGGGUUAAUCUUUUUAGACUGCAAAAUGUUCAGUUAGAAAAUAAUCAAUUCUCUUGAAGUAAGACGACUUUCUGUUCUCUACAACUCUCCUAUGUUUUCAGAUCUCUUCAACAAAGUCAAGAGGAAACACGUCAAAUGGAUUCAUCCCAGGAGAAAACUAUCAAAGUGAAUGAUCUUAAUGCUUCUUUUUAUCAUGUUGCGUGGUUUCAGUUUCCUUGCGCGGAUGGAGGACGGAAUACACUGUUCAGACCUUUCGAGGAUUUAUCCUCGCGGCUCAGUUCGAAGACAAUUCUCCCGCAGGUUCCUUCCAAGUACUAUCUCCUCCAUUGUUUCAGUACUCGUUUGAUCUUCUUUUUGAGGUCGUUGGCCACAAAGACGCUAGGGUCUCCCCGAUUUGUCCCGCCGGUGGCGUCAGCCACAAGUCGAUGAGCUCGAAGACCUCUGUUCAUAUCACUUGGAAAGCCCCUGAAGUCUGUCUUGAAAUCAAAUGUUUUCUUCCGUUUGUUAUGCUUUAUUUAAGAAGAAUCUUAUGUUUUGAGGUUGCGAAAGGUUGCGUGAUGUUCCGUGCAUCGGUCAUAGAAAAGAAAAACUUGUGGUUCUCAGAAGAAGAAGAGCUGACCAAAAGAUUCUGCCCAGAAGGUGAGACUUUGAAAAGGCACACGAAUUGUUCAAAAUAACUCCAGAAGGAAAAAGAAAGGUCCAGCCAUUGGACGACCCCAGCGCAACUUGCUGCGCUUGUGACGUCGCCAACUACGAGCUGGAGUUCGUGGGAAUCUGGAGCCGUCACACACACCCGAAAGACUAUCCAACCCGUCAGUCAGACUUCCAAUUCUUCAUCAUCUCAGCGUUCAGUCGAGCAUUUGACUCACUUCACGGACAUGGUGGGCGCCUCUCACUCCUCCAACUACACUUUGUGGAAGAUCGGCGAGGCUUCGACCGACGGAAUGAAGGAAAUCGCCGAGUGGGGCAACACCUACAAAGCUGAAGUGGAGAUUAAAGCAAAGGUUUGGAGUUGCUCCUUCCGUCUGAAACACCGUCGAUUCCAGGCCUCCGAAGUGCGCAGUCUGAUGAAGAUCAAAGGUCUUUGGUAUCCAGAAGUGCAAGGAACGACAAAGUCGCAAUUUGUCGUCAACAAGUCAGAAAAAAUAAUCGAAAAGUAGUUUUUCCUCUAUAGAUACCACCACUUUGUUUCCUUGGCGACGAUGUUCGGUCCAUCUCCCGACUGGUGCGUCGGAGUUUCUUCUGUGAACCUCUGUCUGCCGGAUUGUUCCUGGGUCGAAGAACGCGUAUUUCUUCUACAGCCGUUCGACGCCGGCACUGACUCUGGACCUACUUUCAUGGUGAGAAUUUUCAUAGCUCAUUAGCUACUGCUUAAUAUUUCUUCGACCUCAUUAGUUUAUUAAGAUUAAUUAGUUUACAUCUCAUAUUCCUUUUCAAAGGAUGAGGAUUUUUCAACGGAUUCAAAGAACUUCAAAACACUGUAGUCUGAGCACACUGAAAUAUACAUACAUAUUCAGUCGCCUAACUCGCCCUCAGAGCCACGUCAACCAGUACAUUGGAUCACGACCAAGCUGGACCCUCUGUCGCCAUUUUACGACCCUACAACCGACGAAAUCCCUCCAAUGGCCCGACUAACUCUCCGUCGUAAGCAGGUAUCCGCUAAGUUUGAUAAUCGACUGUCGAACCUGCAAAUCUCAGACAACAGAAACGACCUGUAAGACUGACGACGAGUACCGCGCCGAGGCCAACAACAUCACGAGCACGAGCGAAGACGACGAAUACAAAGACAGAAGUGAGAGGGACGCGAAACUGGAAGACGACUCUGUUUUGAGGGGAGUGCAUGAUGACGCAGUGGGAGUCGUGGUCGCUGUGCUCGGCGACGUGCGGCAAAGGAAUCCGCAUCCGAAACCGCGUCUACGUGUUUCCAGUCAAGGCGCAGGUCUUCCACUGCCACCGACAGACCACAGAAAAACAGUUUUGCAACGCAAAAGUCAACGAAUGUGCAGGUGAGAGGCGGAUAUAAUCAAGGGAUUUCUAAUGGCGUUCAGACUCGGAGGCGUUCAACUCGAAGUGCUCCGUGGGAUCCUGGUCUGCCUGGGGCGAGUGCAGCGUCACCUGCGGCCAUGGUUCGCGCAGUCGCAAAAGGUUUCGAUCCGAUGAAUAAAUUAAGUUGAAAGACCUUUCAUUUUAUGUAUAAAGAGGAACAGUCGAUUUGAAAUUGCCUAAAAUUAUUUACUUUCGAAGAAAUGAGCAUUACACUUUUAAAAAAUUGAACUACUGCGAGAAAAAUUGCAUCGGGAAGCUCUCAACCCUUCUAAUUUUCCUCAUAGUAUUUUUUCUCAAAGUUCACUAAGUAGUGUUAAUUUUUCUGUAUAUACAGUAUAUCGAUCAGAAUUUUGUAAUGGACUUUUUUUCUGAGAAUCGUAAAAUGAGGAAGGAAAUGGUGUUGAAAAAAAUAACAAAACAAUGAAAAUGAAUAAAAAAAUUUUUUUGGGGAAGUUUUUUUACUUUUUAAAAAGUUAAACUUUUUUCUGCUCAAUACUUUUUUUCAUUUCACACUGAAAAGUUAUUAAAACCUCAAAAUUUUCAACUAAAUAGAAUAAAAAGAUUCGCUGUACAGUUUUUUUGUAGCUGAGCAUUUCCACAAAAAAGAGGUUUAUUAUUUGUCGUUUGUUUCCAAUUUGACAACUAUUAGCCUAGAUCGUUCCUCAACCCAUCGACGAAGGAAGAAGACUGUAACGUCGAACUGGAACGCUACGACAUCUGUGUCGGUAGGUGUGCAGCGACGGAUCUUGCGGAAGCUUCGCAUCUUUCUCAGGCGAGAACGGAGAAGACUGCAGCGCGACGCCAGACCCGCUGUGCAGGACGACGGCCUGGAGCGACUGGUCGCCGUGCAGCGCCUCCUGCGACGACGGCGUCCGCGUCAGAACUCGGCUCUUCUUCUACGUUGAGCACGAACACGUAGGCUUCACGAAGACCUCGUCUUUUGAUUUCUCGGAACUCAGCGCUGCACCAACGUCAACUUGCAAGAGAAGGAAAACUGUGUGAUGCAAUCGUGUCGACGCUUCAUCGAAAUCAAUUCUGACGGUCGGAAUCUUUGUCCUUUUUCAAACUUUUCACAAGAUAGGUUAUUUUAGCGGAAGUUUUCGUUGUCUGAAAGUUUUUGAAAAUCUCCUUGGUUUUGAAAAUCUCCUUGGUAUGGUGACCCUUAUUCAAAGUUACUGACUGUACAAACUUUACGUUUCGAUGAUGUGAGUCUGAGUAAAAAAAAGACUUCUCGCCAACAUUGGAUCACAUUAGCAAAGGAUUGCCAAACUUGCAAAAUUUAUUAGCCCGGAUUCAGGAAAUUUCUGUAACUAGCAAGAUCUAUAAAUGAACUGCAAGGAGUUCUGAAAAAAAUUCCCUUCCAAAGCCGCUGUUUUUCAGAGAUCUGCCAAGAGGAAAAAGCUGUCGGCCAGUGCGGAGGAAACUUUCCUCGCUACUGGUACAGCAAUGAAACUCAACGAUGCGAGAGGUUCAUCUACACCGGCUGCAAGGUAAUAAUCAUAUGUUCCACUUCUUGAGCUUUGUCUGUAGGGAAACCGGAAUCAGUUCGAAACUGAAGAAGGAUGCAAACAAGCCUGCUACGCCGGCUACGAAAAAGACAAAGCCUUGAGUAAGACCAUUGUUUGAGCUCUGAUCAAGUCGACUUUCAGUUCCCAAUCAUCAACUUUUCGAGGAGUUUGGCGACAAGGAGAUCAAUGACGGAGGUACAGCUCAGAAUAAAAAAGUGGUGACCCAAUAAGACCCUUAAGGCGCCCCUGUAUCGUGCAAGAUAAGCGAGUGGACGCCCUGGGGAAGCUGCUCGGUGACGUGUGGUCGCGGCAAAAAGAUCCGCUCGCGGCAGAUCGUCAAACUGCCGCGCAACGGCGGCACCAAAUGCCCCGAACAUCUUAUUCAGGAGCUCCGGUGCCAGUUGCGUCCUUGUCGUAAGGCUUUUCGGAUGAAAAGAAAAGAUUUUGGAGUUUUGAAGCUAUUUCGGCAUGCCAGACAGGUCCAUGGUCUCGCUGGUCUGCAUGCUCGGUGACUUGCGGGCAAGGAAAUCAGCUCAGGAGAAGACGUGUUAUGAGGUAUGCGGAAGUCUUGAAAAGCUGUUGAGCUAUGCCUUGGUGGAGAUGAUCAGAUCUUAGAACUUCCACAAGGGCAAGAAAUAAUCUUGUUUAAAGUUGCGCCCAGAUAUUUUUUUACGACAGAAUACUUUUUUCAGGCUUUUAUGGAAAACUUUGAUGUAAAGUUAAAAUAUUUAAAUUUUAAGAGGACGGAACGGCGAUUGGGAAGAAAACGAGUGCAAAGAAGCAGAGAGCGAGUCACGCGAAUGUUUCGGGAGAUAUUCCUGUUGA